AUGGGCUCCUUCAACCCCACAAAGAUCGCGAAUAAGCAGAAAAGGCAGGAGCAGCAUCUGAAGACCAAGAAGGCGAAGGAAAGCGCAAAACGAGACGAUCGAUUCAAGCGACGGCGACAUGAGGAUAAGAACCCACACCUGCGAGCGCAAAGACAGGCGAAGAAUGUACCGCAGACGAUAGACAACAAGCGAACGUGGGAUGAAAUAGACUCGGGCGACGAGGACGAUGUUGGGCUCGGGAAGGCGAUCAACAUGAUCGAUCCGAAGCGACGCAAGCUGGAGAGCGUGGUAGAUGACGCCGAGCAAGAGAAGGAGGUAGACGACGAGGUUGAGGAGACAGAGCCCGGGGCAGCCGCCGCGGAGGAUGAUGAUCACGACAGUAUGCUCGACUCAGAGUCUGACAACGAACGUGAGGAGGAAGACGAGGACGCAGAGGAAUCACAUCUACCGCCCGACCGCGCAUAUAGCGAAGCACCGAGCGUAGCACCUUCAACAGCAACCGACAUGACAGCACGGCCCGAGGCUUUGAAAGCACGCUUCCCACGCCUCUUCGAACCCGACCAACGCGAUCCAAAAGUCCUCGUAACCACAUCCAUAAACUCCACCCUCCACACCGAAGCCCAACUCCUCACAACCCUCUUCCCAAACAGCAAAUACAUCCGCCGCACAGCCCACGCCCACGCCUACAAAUACAGCGUCCGCGAAAUCUGCAAAUACGCCUCCGACGAAGACCGCGGCUACACACACGUCGUAAUCCUGAACGAAGACCUCAAAAGACCCAAAGGCAUAGACAUCGUGCACCUCCCCGAAGGUCCCAUGUUCCACUUCUCCAUCUCAAACUGGACUCCAGGCUCCAAACUCCCAGGCCACGGCAACCCCACAAACCACUACCCCGAACUCAUCCUGAACGGCUUCCGCACCCCCCUCGGUCUCCUCGCCGCACAUUUAUUCAAAUCCCUAUUCCCCCAGCGCCCGGAACUCGUGGGACGACAAGUGGUCACGCUACAUAAUCAACGCGAUUACAUUUUCCUCCGGAGACAUCGAUAUGUGUUUCGCGAUAAGAAGAGUACGGAGAAGAGUAUACAGGGUGCUGAUGGGAAGAAAGUUGAUGGGGUGGAGGAUAUUCGGGUGGGUUUGCAGGAGUUGGGGCCUAGGUUUACGAUGAAGUUGAGGAGGGUUGAUAAGGGGAUACAGUUUGCGAGUGGGCAGGAGUGGAAGUGGAAGGCUGGGGAUGAGAAGGUCAGGACGAGGUUUAGUUUGUAA